UCUGUUCUGAUGAUGUGGAGAGCUGGACAGAAGAAACCAUGAGGCAAGUGGACAUGUCGGAGGCCUGGCUUUCUCUGGUGCCAGGGAUGUUGCUACUGCUGGCCCUUAUCUGGGAGGGGUCUCUGUGCCAGAUUACAAGAUAUGAGGUCCAGAGGCAGCCGAUGGUGACUGUGAUGGAGGGGAUGUGUGCCCGGGUAACCUGCAACAUCUCCUCCCGUCUGGAACACAACCCCAGAGUCUCCCCAGGGCAUGGCUACUGGUUUAGGAAAGAGAUGCAUAAAAAAUAUGACAAGCUUGUUGCAACAAAUGACCCAAAUCGGGAGGUAGAAGAAGAAGUCUGGGGCCGAUUCCACCUUCUAGGGAAUCCUGGGAUGGCCAACUGCUCCCUGAGCAUCCCAGAAGCCCGGAAAGCUGACAGUGGGCAAUAUUACUUCUGGAUGGAGAGAGAGAGACAAGGGAACUAUACUCAUGUGAAACUUGAGGUUUAUGUGAAUGUGACAGACUUGGUCCAGAAACCAGACAUCUCUAUUCCAGAGAGGAUAGAGCCGGGGAAGCCAGUGACUGUGAACUGUACAUUUCCUUGGGCCUGUGGGGAAAACAGGCCCUUCAAAUUCUCCUGGAGGGGGGCUGCCCUCUCCUCCAAGACACAAAGCUCUGACACAGCCCACUCCUCAGAGGUCUCCUUCAUCCCUGGGCACCAGCAUCAUGGCACCAACCUCACCUGUCAGGUGACCCUUCCUGGAGGCCGUCUGAGCACAGAGAGAACCGUCCAACUCAACGUGUCCUCCUUCUCUGCCCAGGAGAACAGCUCUUGGCCCCUCAUGCUCACACUGCUCCGGGGAGCCCUCAUGGGGGCCGGCUUUCUGCUCACCUAUGGCCUCACCUGGCUCUAUUACACCCGCAAGCCUCUAGGGAGGGAGCUGCCACCAGCUCCAGAAGCUGCGCAGUGCUCUGUGUGAAGGCUCUCCUGCCCUGGAACCCAGCCAGGACCUGCCUCCUGCUCCUUCCACUCAAUGGCCCCAGUUUUGCCCUCAAGGACCCAGCAAGUCAAGCCUGACCCACCAGCCAGAGGACCAACCUCUAGCACUAGAAGACAGUCCUCAAGUCUCCCCUGGGUCUCCUCUUCUUCCUCUGAUUGGCCUAUGGCACGACCUCAGGGCCUUUCCCUAGCCUGGUAUCUCUCCUCUCAUGACCCUCCCCAGAUGAUCACUGUCCUUCCUGAAUCUUGGUGCCCAGCAGUGAACCCGGCUCAGCAGAAGUGGUGAGUCAGAGCCAGGACAACUGGAGCACCCCCUCCUUCAUCACAGGCCCAGGGCCUCUUUUCAUACAGCCUAGAAUUGAGUUAGUUUGUGUGGCUGCCAUGGUUCUCAGCUGAGUCUCCAUAGGCUUGGGUUUUCCCAACCUGCCUCAGCCAGGCUGGACUCCUCAUGGUCUGCCCUCUCAGCCUCCUCUCUCCCAGCUCAGGACCUUAGGUCCUCAGACACUCUCCAUCUUGAAGGCCAUCCCCAGGCCUGCUGACCUGGUGACCUGGCCCUUGUCCUGUGGUUUGAGGUUGGAGGGUUGGUCCCUGAGCUAGGAAGUCUGUGGGACCCUCCAACCACGUGACAAUAGGCUAAUAAACGGCUCAAUCUCUCUGAGCCUCAUUUUCUUCAUCUAUAAAAUGGAAAUGGAAACACCCAAGUGUCCUCCUGCCAGGGUUUCUGUGAAGCUUCAGUGGGAUAAUGUCUGUUUCCUGCUUUCUCAGCCUUAGCUAUAGAAAGGUGAGUUGUCAUGAUACAGGCUUAAGCAAAGCCCCCUUCUCCAGGCAGCCUGCCUAGGACACACUGCCAUCUCUGCCACCUUCCAAGGCCCUUCAUUUGCACAAUUCUGAGAUAUUUGUCACCCAGUAAGUCUGCCCAUCUCAGAGAUCUGCAGGAGAGGCCAACUUCCUGACAGAUAGUGAGCUCCCUGAGGGCAGGAACUCGUUCCUAUUUAAACACUGGGGCUCUUUGUCUUUGCCACAAGAUGCUGGCAGGCCUUUUCUGUUCUGCAUGGAGUCAGUUUCCCCCACGCUCACCCCAUCCCCACUCCCUGUGAAACCCCACAGCUUCCCCAGGGGUCAUUUCCCAGAGCUGCCACGUGGGGGAGGUCCCUGCCUCAUACAAAGAUUUCCCACGCUGGUGGGCAGCGUCCCUAGACUCCACUGGCUUCUAUCAGGGGUUCCCACCACGUCCACAGUACGCUUGGUCAAAUGGGGUCCCUGGAGCAGGGGUAUCCCAUUCUCUGGAUAAACCAGGCAGAGCGGCAGGUGCAGAGUGGAGCGAGCUGAGAGUCCUCUUUCUGUCUUCUCCAAAGGCAGGCUUGGGAGGACUGUGGCACUCUCCCUUCCAGAGGGGAGAGGAGACUGAGGGAAGCUCUCCAAGCUCCCAGCCCACAAAGCCAAGCCAUGAAUCCACAAAGCCCAAGUUCAGGUCUGGGGAAUUUGCACCCCAGUCAGUGUUUUACAUAGUUUUCCUGGAUGAAAUUUUCACUAGGAAGCUCAGAGUUAACUCGUUUCCAGGUCACUGCCAAUGUAAGUAAAAGAUCAGCAAUCCUAUCCCAAAGAGAUCAUACAAAUGGGAAAAGGACCUGUGUGUACAAAAAUAUUUAUACGAGCUCUUUCCGUGGUG